CUUUAUUUGAGCAUCCAAGAUGGCUGACAAAAUUGCAGAAAAAAAGCUGAAGACAAUGGUGAAAAAGAAAGAGAAGAAGAAAGAAAAACAGCAGCAAAAGAAAAUGCAGAUUUCACAAAGUGGCCAGGCUGCUUCAGCUAAAGCCAGUGAACCAGCUAAGAAGAGGAAGCUAGAAGAUGGCAAUGAAAUCGUCAGCAGGAAGAAAGCCAGAUUGGAGAAGAAGAAGAAAUUAAAAUUAAUGAAGUUAGAGGAACAAAAACAGCAACAGCUGAAACCCAAACAAAAGGCAGACAGUGAUGAGAACAGUUCAGAAGAUGAUGACGAGGAAGAUAUGCCAAAGCCAUUAAAAGCUGGAAAGAAGACUUCAAUGGUAAAGAAAGUUGCUCUACCCGCAAAUAGCGACAGUGAAUCAGAAUCAGAGAAUGAGGAAGAACCACAGGAGAAGUCAGCCAAUCACAAACAGUCUAAAAUCGUAUUAGCCAAUCAGAAACAGUCCAAAGGUGCCUCAGCCAAUCAGAUGCAGGAGGAGGAGGAGUCAGAUGAUGAAUCAUCAAAUGAGGAGGGGUCUGAUGAUGAAUCAGCCAAUGAAAAUGAAGAUGAUGAUGAUGAUGCAGAUAUGGAGGAAGAUGAAGAGAACACGGAUAUUAAACCUAUUGAAGAACAAACAUUGCCGGGUAGUUCUAUAGGUGCUACCAUCACAACAGACAGGUCCUUCAAGAGCCUGGAAGGGAAGGUAUCGGGCAACACUCUAGAUGCAAUCAAUGAGAUGGGCUUCACUCACAUGACAGAAAUACAGGCAAAGUCCAUACCACAUCUGCUGGAGGGCAGGGACCUUCUGGGAGCAGCGAAGACUGGCAGUGGUAAAACUCUGGCCUUCCUUAUUCCAGCAAUAGAACUUCUGUACAACCUCAAGUUUAUGCCCAGAAAUGGCACUGGUGUGAUAAUCAUCUCCCCUACUCGUGAGUUGUCCAUGCAGACAUUUGGAGUUGUAAAAGAGCUGCUUAAACACCACUGUCACACGUACGGGCUGAUCAUGGGUGGGACAAACAGGCAGGAGGAGGCAAAGAAACUGGUGAAGGGCGUUAACAUCAUGGUUGCCACGCCCGGGCGACUUCUGGAUCAUCUGCAGAACACUGCAGACUUCAUGUACAAGAACCUCCAGUGUCUGAUCAUUGACGAGGCAGACAGGAUCCUUGACAUUGGGUUUGAGGAGGAGAUGAAACAAAUCAUCAAACUGCUGCCAAAACGUCGGCAGACCAUGUUGUUCUCUGCUACUCAGACACGCAAGAUAGAGGAUCUUGCUCGGAUAUCUUUAAAGAAAGAGCCGCUGUACGUCGGUGUUGAUGAUUCUAAGGACCAGGCCACAGUUGAAGGACUGGAACAGGGUUACGUUAUUUGCCCUUCAGAGAAGAGAUUCCUGCUUCUGUUCACAUUCUUGAAGAAGAACCGCAAGAAGAAGAUGAUGGUGUUCAUGAGCUCGUGUAUGGCGGUGAAGUUUUACCAUGAACUGUUGAACUACAUAGAUCUACCGGUCAUGUGUAUCCACGGUAAACAGAAGCAAACAAAGCGUACCCAGACGUUUUUCCAGUUCUGUAAUGCGAAGGAGGCGAUACUGCUGUGUACAGAUGUGGCAGCCAGAGGUCUGGAUAUCCCCGCAGUGGAUUGGAUUGUACAAGUGGACCCCCCUGAUGAUCCGAAGGAGUACAUCCACAGAGUGGGGAGAACUGCCCGAGGGGAGGGCGGUGUUGGUCACGCCCUUUUGAUUCUGCGACCUGAGGAACUGGGCUUUCUACGUUUCCUCAAGCAGGCGAGGGUUCCGCUGAAUGAGUUUGAGUUUUCUUGGAGCAAGGUGUCGGACAUUCAGCUUCAGUUGGAGAAAUUGAUAGAGAAGAACUAUUUCCUGAACCGUUCUGCCCACGAAGCGUACAAGGCGUACAUACGUGCAUACGCUUCACACAGUCUGAAGAACAUAUUCGAUGUGAACACGCUCGACCUACAGAAGGUGGCUGUAUCGUUCGGGUUCAUGACUCCCCCAUUUGUGGACCUCAAUGUACAUGGCAGUAAAGGUGGAGCCAACAAGAGUAGGCGUGGCCCUCAGGGGGCGGGGUAUAACAAACACAAGCAUGGGUUCAAGGCCAAUGUUUUCAAGCAGGUCGGAGGAGGGAAGAAGUUUCAGGGAGGUGGAGCGAAGAGACAGUUUUCUCGGUGACAGGCGUGAUGGUUUUUGUUUUAAAAUGUAAUGGUUCUUGUAUAUAAAUGUGUAAAUAACUAUU